AUGUCGUCCGUACCCUCCACCGACGCCGAGUGGGCGGCAUUAAUCUCCAACGUGCGCGAGAAGGUCCCCGAGAGAUGUUUAUCCCAACCAAUUAUUCCAUUACAAGUCCCUCGCAUGAUCGAUCACACCCUUCUCAAAAAGCCCAUUCAACCGGAAGAUAUCGAUACUCUAUGCCAGGAAGCCAUCGACCAUGACUUUGCCACCGUCUGCAUAUGGCCCGAAUACGUCAACCGCGCCGCAACCUAUCUCCGCAACGCCCCUAAAACUGGUAUCGCUUGCGUUGUGGGCUUCCCAGAAGGUACUCACGACACCGCCGACAAGGUACAAGAAGCCCAGGAGGCUAUUUUACAGGGAGCGACCGAGCUGGAUAUGGUUAUCAACUGGCCAAAGCUAAAAAACGGCGAUUAUACCUCUGUCUUUGACGACAUUUCGGCAAUACGCAAGGCCGCGCCUCCCCCGACCAUUAUCAAGUGUAUUUUGGAAGCCUCUCAGCUUACGAAGGAUGAGUUGAUCGCUGGAACCGUCAUAUGUUGCAUAGCCGAUGUGGAGUUUGUGAAGACCAGCACAGGUUUCAAAGGGGCGGGCGCCGAUGUGAAUCAAGUCAAUGUCAUGCAGCUCACCGCGGAGGCCUGUGGGAAUAAUGAUAUCAGAAUUAAGGCCAGUGGAGGGAUUCGCACGGCGGCGGACUGUAUGCGCAUGAUCAAAUCCGGUGCUACGCGUAUUGGUACCAGUGCGGGUGUUCAAAUCGCGAAGAAAUUGGAUGAGGGUGAAAUUCUCGAACAAGGAGCAAGCCAUACCGUCGCCUAA